AUGGGCCACGACCCCUCAGCGGACGAUUCCGACGCGCUCAUCCUUCCACUUUCACCAGUCAGCAUGUCGGAUCCCUCUGAACUCGCGAUGUCUUCUUCAGAGACACUCAGCUCGGACCCUAGUCGCAAGCUCUUGAUUCAGGUGCCGGUCAAGUCCGACUACAUUACGCCACCGCCUUCAGCCGACAUUCAUGUUCCAUCCCGCAGGCAAUCGCUACUCACCAGCCCUAUGGUUUCGAAACGGGCUUCGGCACCAGUUCAUUCCUGGUCUGCUCGUAACUUCGGCAAGGAAAAGGACCCGGCCGACAGUAAUGGUCCCAUUUCACCAUUAAUUCCGCCUCCUUCGUCUCCGGCUCCAACAGCUCCCCUGCCCGCUGUCCCCGAAAGUCCAAUGACUGUUGUCCAGCAAGAGCCCACUCCUCCGUCUUCUUCCCGCUCAGACUCUGCUGAAGACGUUGUUCAAAAAGGCGAACAAGGCAACAGUGACGAUCGACCACCGAUAUCGUCAUCAUCCAGCGCCAUAUAUCUUCCGUCGUUGACGAAGAGUCAUACCGUCAGCGCUACCUCAGUUGCACUACCAGCGAAGCCCUCCUCCUCUACACCCUCCACGAGUCUUGCUCCCCCAAGUGCCUAUAAGCAACGUCAGCGACGAAAAUCUGCUCCUCAACAACCUGCUGCGAAGUCACCUCCCCUCAGGGUCCGCAAUUCACCGUCGUAUGUCUCGUUGAUCGACUUUGAAUCAUCUGAAGAUGAAGAUGACGUGAAUACGUAUGACGGCAGUCUUAAACAAGAAAGCGACGAGUUGUCGAGUCAAGAAGCCCAAGAGAAGCUGGUGCCAGACGCUGAUUUGGCCCAGUGGGCCCCGGAGCCUGCAUUCGUGCCCGUCCAUAUUCCCAUCUCGGCUGUGGCCUCGGAAUAUGCGAGAAAUUUAUCCAAUCAUUCUCAGUCAAGCCGACGCGGCCCUCAAUCUCCACCCCGAAGUUAUCCUGCUUCCCAUCGGUCUCACUCUUCCAUCCGCAGCAGCGACCGCGAAGGAAGUCUUGCUGGAAUGACACGGCGAACAAACAGCAGCGGCAGCGGGUUGGUAUCGAACAGGAGCGCCCCAUCACUCCCACCCGCCAUCAAGCACCAUGCCCUGCUCGGGCUGUCUGCGCUACCUAACGAACUGGUGCAGAAGGAUGUUGAUUACACGUUGCGCGCCAUGAUGAGCCCGACCGCGUUUGCUCGGAUGCUCAUGGAGCCAUUAGCCAGACACCGGUUUCGCGAAUUCCUUAUCCGAGACGGGGGUGAUGGAGCGAAGGAGCUUGACUUAUGGACCGAUACAAGGUAUCUUGGGCAUGCUAUGGAAGACCUUCGUAAUGUGGGUCAAGUCUUUCGAGAUAUGUACAUCUCAAGCACCAGCAACAAUGAUUUGCUUUUGCCGCCAGAGACCAAACGAGAAUUACGGGCGGUCCUCCAGCAGGUCCUCGCUGCAGAUGCCGGGUUAGGCAGAACACAGUCCCAAUUGCUCGAGUCGAUGUACAACGAUGGAUUCCAGCGUUUCAUUAAACACCAGAUCAUUCAAGAAGCGCAUGUCGCUCUCGGCCGGGCCAACCUCAACCUUGCAGGCGCCCAAGCCGGCGAAGGACUGGGCGACACCUUUGUUCUCACAAAUCCUCGUUUACCCGACCACCCGAUUGUCUUAGUGUCAGACGGUUUUGUGGCCAUUACGGGUUAUCCGCGCAGUCAAAUCAUCGGACGAAAUUGCCGCUUUUUGCAGGGACCUGGCACGCCUCCUGCUAGUGUCCAAAGAAUAAGAGAUGGGCUCAACUCUGGAAAGGGGUGUACCGAACUAUUGUUGAAUUAUAGACGAGACGGGGAGCCCUUCUACUGUCUUCUGUGUAUUAUUCCUGUUCGAGACGCAUCUGGGGCGAUUGUCUACUUCAUUGGAGGACAAACAAAUGUAACUGGGCUCCUUGCGACCGAAAAGGGACUCGGUCUGGGACUUGGAGGCGUCUCUAGCACAGAUGCAUCGAAACCUCUUCCACCGGUGGACAUGUCACCUGCGAUGGCGGCCUUGUGUAAUCCGUCCGAUCAAGCGCCAGAGCCAACUGUACCAGCCAUAUCUGGUGCUGCUGGCGCGGUUCUGGGCGGCAGUUUGGACAAAGGUCCUCGAAUAGGAAGCGGAUUCUUGAAGGGUCUUUUCGGGAAGCAAGGGGCCAGCGGAACGCGACUCGAGGGCGUUUCGUCUUCUAAACAGGUGAUUGCUGGUGCGGAGGCCACGUUAAACGGUCCGGGAGAAAGCAAAUUCCAAGACCAAUAUGCCAUCUUCCAACACACGUAUAGCAAGAUCAUGAUAUUUAAACUCAAAAAACGGGAGAUCACAUUUGUGUCGCCGCAAAUGUUAGCCUUCCUCGGCCUCCCUACGAGGAAUCAACGCGAAGAACUCGCAUCGCCGCUUAUCCGAAGUGAUAUGGCCACACUGAUUACUGGGGGCGAGGAUCGGAACGAGACGCGCAAACUGCGGGAAGAGCUGAAAGACGCGGUCCGCAGGGGUGUGCCGUGUUCUAUGUCGUGCGGGGUCACGAUCCCUGGGAAAAGCAUACUGGCGCGAAAUGAGAAUAGGGCCAGGUUCGGGAUGAUGCAUAUGACGCCUAUCAAAGAUGGGGACAACGUCGCUGUGGCAUUUGUGGUCAUUUUUGGAUAA